AUGCGCAAUUACCAACUUGACACGCAAAAUGUCGCAGGAAACGUCAAACUGGAGGUGAUUUACGAGGCUAAUCCUUGCUUCGCUGGUGAAUGCGUUCAGGCAGUAUUGCGGCUGCGGCACCUAGGAUCGCCACAAAUUAGAGACCGCUUAGACAUAGAAAUGCAAGCCCUUAAACAAGGUAACGAAGAAAGUUCGGAUUCUGCAGAGGACGGUGGAAACCAAGGCCUUAUGAGCACUUUCUUUCGUUCCUUCAAUAAAGAUCAAAAGGCGCGCGAGGUCCAGAUACGGCAGAAAAGGUCUCGGCUUGAAAAGGAUCUUGAAUUCCACAGAAGCGUCAGUCUUACAUCAUGCUACGUUCAGAUUUUUGGACUCUUUCGCUACGACCCAGAGACACUAGCUCCCCUGCAAUCAGACAACUCCGGGAGUAAACUUGUCGGAACAGGUUCGCUUAAAAUAUCUGGAAGGAAGAAAUCUAAUUCGGAGGGUUUAGGAGGCAUUCUGUUCGCAAACCUAGAUGAUGUGGCUCGUGAAUCCAUGACAGGCAAGAAGCAGGAACUUCAAAAGAAACCGAUACUACUUGUUCCCCAAACCCUUGUAUUUUCAGAAAUAAUGCUUGAACCAGGAGAAGUACGCUCCUUCCAAUUCAGAUCCCCGAGACUACCCCCGGACUUGCCUCCAUCAUACAAAACCUCGAAAAAUUUCAAGAUCCAAUACUACUUGAAUUUUGGGUUGACUAAGAUAGGCUCUAAAGGUCUUACACCAUUUAAUACAGAUUUCCAGAUACACGUGUGUCCUUUCGUCGACGCCCAAAUUCGGCAAUUCACUUCUAAACUAGAUGCCGGUAUCACCAUUUUAGCGCCUGGGCGCGUCAAGGAAGUUAAAGACGCCCAACGCUCUCGCAGAAAAUCCAGUUCAUCCAUACUUUUGAGGCGAAGAAGCUCAGCCCAGUCUGUAAACUUCUCAGAGUCCGUUAGCGAAGGUCCCAAGAUUAGUAAAGACCUGUUUAAAAAACUGAUACAGAGCCGUUUCUCUUCAGAUGAGUUCAAUGAUGAUAUAGAGGGCUUAGUGGAUAAAAUAAUGGAGUGCCAAUUUGAAACCAAUAACUAUGAAAGCUCCGAAGGGGAGGAUACUAAUUCCUCGCAGCCGCAAGUACGAAAAGACAUGGGUUCGGUACGUGAAAACCUCAAUCAGCUUUACAAUGGUACAGCUGACAUCACCAACACCGAAGAAAAUGAAAAUGAAGCCCAGAAUGGCUCCACAGGUCCGUUGCCCCAGAUAAAAAGCCUUCAGAAGGAAUUCAUCAUAAACCGAAAUGGCGAGUUCGUGGGAAAAGUUCGCUUGGCCAAUUCUUUUUACACAACCUCCGAUGACAUCGACUUGGCGAUUGAUCUCGCCAACGAGGGGAGGUUCAAAAUAUCUGCGGUAACAACAUCGCUGAAAGCUUUCGAGCUAAUAAACCCUAAGUAUGCAACAGAAGCUUUAUCCGCAAGCAUCAAACAACAGGGCCAAGUCAUGGACGAAAAUAGGGCAAUCUGCUUCGAGGAAACUCCUACUCUGCAUAUAAAAUUAUUACCUCAUAGGAGUCCUACCAAUCAAAUUACCAGUCAGUUCAGGACAGAUGUUUUUCAAUUCAAAUGGAUGCUUUGCCUGAAGUUCGUUCUACUGAACAGAGUUGAAAACGAAGUUUUUGUUGAAGAGUUUUACGGAGACAAAAAUGGGUCUCUGUCUCACGCGAAACAGUCGUUAGAUGGUGAGGUGUUUUCCUGCCACAUUCCCUUAACUAUAUUGCCUUCAUCCAAGAACUUUGGCGCAUGGUAA